CCUAUUAUCUCUCUCUAGAAACAAACACUUACGCUCUCUCUAUCCUCCUCUCUGCUCAAUUCGCACCCUUUUCUCUCGGGCUCUCUCUCUCUCUGUCUCGCUCCCUAUUAUCACUUACAACAAUAUAUUUGCUCAAAUAACAAAUCACACUCUCCAAUUUACCCGCCAAAAAGGUCGCCCCCCGUGGAGUGGUCGUAAAUGGGAUUUGCUCUGUAGGAAAUGGAUUCAGCGGGUAAUGAUGAGGCUCCAGACGGUAUGAAUCCUCAAUCGGAAUGUGAGAUUGCUGCGGUUGGCGAGAAGAGGCCGGUUGAGAAUGGGGAGACUGAAGAAUUAGGUGUUAAAUCAACCAAAAAGGCGAAGUGUGGUGUCGGAGAGAUGCGUAGAGUGGCGGAGAUAGUGCUCGUAUUGUCGACUAUGGCGGGAAUGAGAGGAGGGAAGAGUCCGACGGAAGCGGAGGUAAAUUUGAUGGAGGAAGCGAGGGCAAAAUUGGUCGAGAUUUGUCAGGAUUUGGCGCCAAAGGAUUUAGUGGCGAGGGAUGCGAUUGGGACAGUUAUUGAGGAUCUAGGGCUCAAUUGGAAACUCAAAGAUCAAAGAUUAGGGUUUCGGGGCACUAGGCUGUCUAUUAAAGAGAAGAUUGCUCUUACAAAGAAGAAGAUGGAAGAAUCCAAGAAAUUUGCUGCACCUUCUGGUACAUAUUCAGCUCAAACGUCGCAGCCAAGUUUUGGUGCAAUGGGUGAUAUCCGUGGGCCAUCUCAUUCUAUUCGAAUGUUUCCAUCAGAUAAACCAAGUAAUACAAGUAUACCUUCUGGAGGACUUCCAACUCCAGCAACUAUAGGGCAUGUCUCGGCAGCAACUUCUACACCUUUAGCAAGUCAGCCAAUUCCCUCUGAAGUGAGAGUAUCUACAGCGUCCACUGGGUUAUCCAACAGUCAUCCAGGAAGAGAUUCAUCUGCAUUAGCAGGCCAUAGAGUUGAAAAAUCUCAUUUUAAAUCAGAGGGACCAAAUGGGACUACUUAUAUACCAUAUGCACAAGCAAAUGCUUCUGCAAAUCAGCCACUGUUGAAUGUUUCGACUUGGCCUUUACAAUCUCACUCUAUGUCCUCAGCUAGAGCUACACCAGAAAACAAGGUAUUAAAUCAUAAUUCCGCUAGGGCUGAGGGACCUACUGAUUUGGAUUUGUCCCAGGCUCCUCAAGCUGCAAGAGAUCAAGCAUUCAGACCAUUCAUUGCUCAAAAUACACCUGCAAAUUUGCCAGGUGUACAUCAACCUGUUCAAGGCAUGAAGGUUGUGCAACCAUCAUCAUUUUUCAAUAACCAUAAUGAAAUUGCUAAAAUUGUUCAGAAAAUAUUGCAACCAAAACUUCCUGAACAUCCCACAUGGACUCCACCCUCAAGGGAAUAUAUGAAUAAGCCUUUGACUUGCCAGAUGUGCAAAGUCACAGUCAAUGAGGUGGAAACUGUAGUACUUUGUGAUGCUUGUGAGAAAGGCUUUCACUUAAAAUGUCUAGAAUCAGUGAAUCAGAAAGGAAUACCUAGAGGUGGUGAGUGGCACUGCUUGAGGUGCACAACAUUAAGUAAUGGAAAGCCUUUGCCCCCUAAAUAUGGCCGGGUCAUGAGGAGCAUUACUCCACCAAAAGGACCCUCUAAUCCAGCUGGAGCUCAGCCUUCAUCAGAGAAGAAAAAUGGAAUUUUAGAUCAAAAGUCCACUCAAGAGAAGUUAAUAGCAAAUGGAAGCUCUGGUUUACAAAGUGCUGCAAGAUCUGUUACUGUGAUUGGUAACCAUGCUGAGCCAACAUCUGAUUCCAAAGUAUCCAAUGCAAGGGAAAUGACAGGGAAUAGUUUCGGGUCAAGUAUGAAAGAUGUGAAUCAGGCAACACAUGCCACAAAUUUCCCAAAUAACUUGACAAAGACUUUGGGUGUAGUCUCUGAUUCUCCUUCCGUUGGCUUAUCAAAUGAAAUAUCUAUGCAACUAACUCAAGUAUCUGAAUCACACAUACAAGAAGAGGGAUCAGUUUCUGAAUCAAAAUUUCAGCCUCCUGCUACAUUACAUGAGAAAGUUAGUGAAAAACUUGAAAAUUCCAGACCCUCUAACAUCUUACAAGACAUUGAUCCAACAGUGUCAUCAAACGCUGAAGUUCCUUUGAAGACUAGUAAGGAUCAUUCUAUGGUUGAAGACUCAGAAAGUGUAAGAGGACUUAGUGCUUGUAAUCCAAGAUUUGACGUGAAGCAAAGUGACCAAGAUGUCACCCAUGCAAAUCCUGUUGGAAGUUUUGAACCUAAUAAUGACAGUAGAAAGCAUUCUGGAACGUCUUCUGAUGGUGUCCAUAGCACUGAAUGGAUUGGAAAUGUACUUAAAAUUUCAGAUGGAAAGACAUUCUAUGAGUCUUGUCUUGUUGGUGGAGUAAAAUAUAAAGUGCAGGAUCAUGCGCUUUUUCGCUCUAGCCAUGAAAAAUUGAUACCCUCUAAGCUUCAGGCAAUGUUUGAGGAUAUUGAAACAGGAUCAAAGUGGGUUGUUGUGAAUAGAUGCUACUUUCCAAGUGACCUGCCUGAGGCUGUGGGCCACCCAUGUGCCCCUGAAAGCAAUGAGGUAUAUGAAUCUAAUCAUGAAAGCAGUGUAAUGGCUGGUUUGAUUCAAGGUCCGUGUGCAGUUCUUCCUCCUACCAAGUUUCAAGAGAACAAUGAAAGACGGAGUCGGUUAGAAACUGAGGCUAAUACUGUAUUACAGCCAGUUUUUAUAUGCAAAUGGUUUUAUGAUGAAUUGAAGGGAAGUUUUCAACCUGUUUUCGGUUAGCCAUUCAUGCACAUAUUUUGUGAGAUAAUGAAGUCUUGCUAUUAAUGCCAUCCUAAUGGUGCUCCCUUUGAUCAGGUAAUCUAUAUCAGAUGGGGCCUUCAGAAAAUUGACGAGUGAGUUUUAAUACUCAUGACUUUGUGUAAUUUGUAGCUCUAGUUCAACUUUGUAUUAUCUCCUCUACUCUAGUAUUUUUUAGUGCAAAUUGCCUCGUAAAUUGUAGAAUUAGUGUUCUAUUUUAUUCUCUCAAUCCCCUUCCCCACUUUCUUUUA